GUGGAUCUUUUUUUUCAGGUGGCAUGGUUGCGAGUUGACACACAAACAAUACUAACUAUUCACAGCCACGUAAUUACGAAAAACCAUCGAAUUGGAGUCACACACAGCGAGCAUCGCACGUGGUAUUUGCACAUUAGAGAGGUCAGGGAAUCAGACCGGGGAUGGUACAUGUGUCAAAUAAAUACCGAUCCCAUGAAAAGCCAAGUUGGAUACUUAGAUAUUGUAGUGCCUCCUGAUAUACUGGAUUAUCCAACCAGCACGGAUAUGGUUGUACGAGAGGGAUCCAACGUGAAUCUACGCUGCGUUGCAAAGGGAUCACCUGAACCAGUAAUUGCGUGGCGCCGUGAGGGAGGAGAGACAAUACGGCUUCUAACAGGAGAAGAAGUGAGCAGCGUGGAUGGACCCAUUCUGAAUAUAUCUCGGGUGAGCAGACAGCAAAUGGGACCAUACCUAUGUAUUGCAUCUAACGGGGUUCCACCCUCGGUUAGUAAACGAAUUAUGGUUAUCGUUCAUUUUUCACCAAUGAUCUGGAUACAAAACCAGCUUGUCGGUGCCUAUGAGGGUCAACAAAUCAUUCUUGAGUGUCACUCCGAAGCGUUUCCGAAGUCUAUUAACUACUGGACCAGAGAUAAGGGAGAAAUUGUUCCUCAAAGCGGAAAGUAUGAGCCGAUGACUUUAGAAAAUUCGUAUAAGGUGCACAUGAAGUUGACAAUACGAUCCGUCAACGUGGCGGAUUACGGGACUUACAAGUGCGUAUCGAAAAAUUCCUUAGGAGAUACAGAUGGAACGAUUAAACUAUAUCCUAUCCCUAAGCCCUCAAACACCUAUAAAUCAAAAGGAUCACCGCGCAAGGGAAAAUAUCGCAAGAAACUCAAUGAUAUUCCGAAUACAGGGGAGGACGUAACGGAGAGCGAAGAUAUAGAGGAUCAACCCGAUUCGCUGCAGUUAGAAGAAGAAUACUCAAGCGCCGCUGCCGUCGAGUAUGUUCGAAGUGGUAUCAUUCUCACGUCUGUUUUGAUCGCACUGUCUCUCCUUCUACAAUAAAACUUGCCCUGUGCUGUGUUGUGUAUAUAUAGAUUCUUUUGAAAAUCCUAUAAGCAGAUAAAAAAUAUGUGUACAAAGUGAACUUCGCCCCCGAACUAUUUUUAUAUGCUUCCUAACGACAACGGCUAUAAUACAAAUAUUAUCGGUUUCAAAGCGAAAAAGAAAUAAAUAUCGACAGAAUAAGGGGUUGAAUAUCUCGUGCAUCUUUCACGUUUGACCUCUCAAGUAGUUGUUUCAGCUCUGAGAUCAAAAUCUUUGGGGGUGCUUGGUGGCAUUUCAUAAUAAGAGCAAAUAUCUCAUUGGUCGAUUUUCAACGGACUUUGAAGCUGAUAAACUUUAGAAUAGCUUUUGUGACUGACGCGUACCUACAUAAUGUAUCUGUAAUCAGUAGUAUUAAACUAGUCAUAAUAUGUCUGCUAGAAUGUUAUCGAGUAUUACGUGAUGGUACCUGUAAUUUUUUGUGCUUCAAUGUAUUGACAAUGUGUUAUUAGUUAACAAUAAACGUUAGACUGAUAUUUUAUAUUGUAAAGUUAGCAGAGAUCACCUCUGAUACUGUUAUCAGUUAGAGUGAAAUCAAAAGAUCUUCCGUUUGUGUUAUAUGAUUUUAUAACUCAAUUAGAUUAAUACAGUACUUAAAUAGUACGUAAUUAUGGUUUGCACUAAACUUGCUAGACGAAUAAAUCAUUUUCACUUCGA